UUGUGCGAUGCCUCCGAUGUGGUCGUGUUGUGAGUCCGUGAGCACUGUCGGGCAGCAGUCGUCGCCACUGUGCGUCGCUGAAGAUGUUGCAGCAGCAGCCUCUGACAGGCAAUGGGCCCUCCAAUGGCCGGGGACUCGGCAUGAGCGGCCACCCCGGGAUGCAUGCGCUCAACUCGGUUCAUCAACCUUCCCAGCACCGGUCCGACGGGGGGGACUCGGGCCUCGAGGGCACAGAAAACGGACAUGAAACCCGCAGAGAUAUUGGUGACAUACUGCAGCAAAUAAUGACCAUCACCGACCAAAGUUUGGACGAGGCACAAGCAAAGAAACAUGCUCUCAACUGUCACCGAAUGAAACCUGCGUUGUUCAGCGUUUUGUGCGAGAUCAAGGAAAAAACGGGCCUGUCAAUGAGGAACACCCAAGAGGAGGAGCCCCAGGAUCCUCAGCUGGUGCGACUGGACAACAUGUUGUUGGCGGAGGGUGUGGCAGGGCCGGAGAAGGGUGGCGGGGCUGCUGCUGCCGUGUCCGCUGCCACCAGCUCAGGAGGGAUGUCACCCGACAGCUCGCUUGAGCACUCCGACUACAAAAGCAAGUUGAGCCAGAUUCGCAGUAUCUACCACACUGAGCUGGAGAAGUAUGAGCAGGCGUGCACUGAGUUCACCACCCAUGUGAUGAACCUGCUGAGGGAGCAGUCGCGUACGCGGCCCGUGACCCCGCGGGAGAUAGAGCGCAUGGUGGCCAUCAUUCACCGCAAGUUCAGCUCCAUCCAGACUCAGCUGAAGCAGAGCACCUGUGAGGCGGUCAUGAUACUGAGGUCCCGCUUCCUUGAUGCCAGGCGCAAGAGGCGCAACUUCAGCAAACAAGCCACAGAGGUCCUGAAUGAGUAUUUCUACUCCCACCUAUCCAACCCUUACCCCAGUGAAGAAGCCAAAGAGGAACUCGCCAAACAGUGUGGAAUCACUGUCUCUCAGGUCUCCAACUGGUUUGGCAACAAGAGAAUCCGCUACAAGAAAAACAUUGGCAAAUUCCAAGAGGAGGCCAACCUCUACGCCAUGAAGACAGCCUUGGGGGCCAGACAGGGCGACGAUUCCCCGCACACUCCCAACUCCACAGGGUCUGGGUCCUUCUCUCUGUCCGGGUCAGCUGACCUGUUCCUUGGAGUUCCACCUGUGAAUGGCGAGCAGUCCGCCUAUCAAAUGGGAGUGCAGGCAAACGGGAACUGGCAGGGACGAAACUCGCCCCCGCCUGGCACCUCGCCCCACAGCGACCACUCGGAAAACUCUGACUGAUGGCCCUGCCCACUGGCACAGAACGACAGCGACGGAAAGAUUGACGACGGAAAAGACAGAAAGAAUGAUAUCACACUUCCCACUUGGCUGCGGUUGUUUUUGUAUGUUUGUUUGGUUUGAUUAUUUUAAAUGUACGUUGUUUUCCUUUCUUACCGCUCAGCUUUGGUCAUUGUUAUGUUUGUAUGAUUAGCUGAGUGCACGGAUGGUAGAGUGAAACUGUGUGUGUGUUGUGUGCAUGCAAGUGUGGUUUUAUUAUUGGGGUUGUAGGGUUUGUUUUCCACUAAUUUUGACAUGUUACUGAGGUGUGUUUGUGGUUGGGGAGGGGAUGGGGAGGGAUGGGACUGCAUUACCAUUGUUUUUAGCACACUAUAUCAUUAUUAUUAAUAUUAUUGCUGUUUUAUUAUUAGUGCUACAACUAUUUUCAUUUUAACAGCUCAGAAAGAGAGAAUGCAUUUAGUGAAUGAGAGGGCAAUAGAGAAAAAUCCAAAGAUUUUGUGUGUUUGUUUCUCUGUUUUGUUUGUUAAUUUUUUUUUUUUUUUUUUUCUACCGGGCUUGCGUGUCCCUGUAAAAUGAAUGAGGUGUGCCUGAGUCCAUAUUAAUGGUUUGAGUGAGUAUAUCAACAGUGCUGUCUUUUUUUCUGUACAGUGAAACACCUGUAUUCUCUCUACCUCUUUUACAAUAAAGACUCUCUGUAUUCACAACCA